AUGUCGAUCAAGAUUCCAUUCGAAAUAUUGAAAAAAAUUGCUUCUUUUACUACAAGAAAAGAAGCAUCUAUCUGUGCAUAUGUCUGUAAAGCAUGGUCUAUGCCGUUCCAAGCUUCUCUAUGGGAGAAAAUAUCCAUCCUUAGGGACGUAGAGCUCAAUAUUCUUCUACAAAAGCUUGUCGAAAACCCAGAGAUGUAUCUACACACUGGCUCUUAUGUACAGGUCUUGGACCUUGGUUCACGAGACAGUUUGAGUGACAUCACGAUUGACAAACUACAAAAGUAUUUUCCAGACUUAAAGAUCCUAAAGAUCGAAAAAGGAUUGUGGUAUCGAACCCACUUAACAAAGCGUUCGGACUGGAGUUUGUGGGAAUCUUUAAGACACCUGACAACAUGUAUUCCACAUUGCCCCAACGAAGACAACUUUCAGGAACUUCAGCGUAUGUUAAACGGCCUGCCCCUUCUUCAAACUCUGGUGAUCAAAAACAAAUCACCUGGAUCAACUUCAUCAAUCGGGUGGAAAACACUGGAAGCAAUUCAUUCUGUCCUACCUAACCUAGAGUACCUAAAUUUGCAAUCUCAAAUGUUCCGUAUCCCAGAAACUGAUAUGGUUCAAAUAAAAGCAGUUCUUCCAGCGACCUCAUUAAACACUGUAAAGUUUGACAUUGAAAAUAUGUCUCUUGAAUGGUUUUUCUAUUGCGCCAUUAAAUACAAGAAUAUACACACAUUCCAAUGGAGAGAUAGUAAAUCAGUAGGAAAAGACUCAUCAGAAGCUCACUCAACUUAUCUGGAACCUACAAAUAACAUUUUACUUGGUAAAAUUAGUGCGUUCUUAGAGCUACCUUAUUUCUUUCCACGCUUAGAAAACUUUAGCUUGGGUGAAAAUCCAGCGGUGGCAUGGAGAGGUGUAACACUUUGGCAAAUUUUUGAAGAGCUUAGCUUCCCUCUUAAGCGUCUUGGACUUACAAUUGGAAUAGACGACUUUUUACCAUUCACAGCAGCAAGGAUUAUUAGGGAAUGCUCUGAAGCAUGUUCAAAGAGCUUAGAAACUUUCCAUAUUAAAGCAGUAAUGCAUAAACCCAAUUCUGCGCAGAUACCCCGUAUAUUCCAGGCUGUACCUAUUUCAUAUAGACGUUUAAUUGAUCUUUCCGUCAAAGCAAAAUACAGUAUCAUCGAAUUAGACGAUAUAUUGAACAAUUGCCCAGUCCUAAAGAAGCUUAGUAUUUCAGCCGACACUAUAUUGCUCAGCUCUGUGGUUUCAGAUAAUAAUACUUCACACUUCUUGGAGCAAAUUGAGCUCGCAAAAUCCAAAGUAAAGUCCUGUGUAUUUAAUCAUCUUUCGCUCAGAUGCGCAAAUCUUGCUCACAUGCGCUUAAGCAAAUUAACGGUGCUUGGACUUAUUUCUCAAGACACUGGAAAUCUAUGUCUUGAUAUGUCAAACACUUGUUUCAAAGACUUGGAAAUAGAUCAGGUUGUAUUUUAUUCUAUGGAAGACACGAAUCUUGAUGAAUAUCGCCAUAGAAAUUUAAAGAUUAAUAUAAUUUCUAUCGAACAGACAAGUUGUGCAAGGAUACAAAACAAUGACAACUUAUCAAAAGGCAUGCUAUCUGGAUACACAUCCAAAUACACUUCUGGGGAUACAUUAUGGUUCCAUUGCUUCAAUCCCCCGAAAACUGCAUCUGAGGUAGUUGUGCUUCAAGCACUUUCGAAGGAAGAGGUUGAAUAUGCCAAGCAAUACUUUAUGGCUUAUCGACACAAAAGUAGAGGACAAUUACCCCACCCAAGUAUUUUGUGCAAUGAUUAUGGAUUAGUUGACAGUUGGUACUGGUCAAACGAUCUUCACAGAGGAUAUGUUACAUUAAUUUAUAAAUAA